AUUUCGGUCACAACAGCUCUAGUUUUCGUGCAGCACAGAUUGAAUAUAUAUACAGCUCUAAGGAAAUGUCAAGUCCCGCUCGUUCGCCCAGUGUUGGGGCUGCCACGCCCAAACAAGGAGCCCGCACGCCCACCAGAGGCAUUGCCUCCCAGGAUGUAGAGACGCCCAUGCGCAUGGGUCCCGGCCGGGCAGGAGGCCGACCCUCGGACAACAUCAGUUUGCCGCCUACUUCGCCGGGGAACAUUAGUUUGCCGGCCACCAGUCCGGCUCAAGGAUUGGGUGCCAAUAUGAGCGAGAUCGACCUCAGUUCGCCGCUCAACUACGGCACGCCUAGCUCAAUGGGCUCCAUUCGCACUCCGCGCUCUGGAAUACGAGGAACUCCGUUGCGUGCGCGUCCUGAUAUCCGGACGGACAAACGCAUUCGCCAGGUGGCCAUUGGCGGUGGCUCGGGGCUGGAACCCAUCUCAGAGAAGGGCUCUGAGACCACCGAUCCCGUCUCCGAAUCCUCCCAGGCACCGCAGCUCGUCGUCUGGGGCACCAAUGUGGUUGUCAGCCAGUGCAAGUCAAAGUUCAAGUCCUUCAUAAUGCGCUUCAUUGACCCGGGUGCCGAGCAGGACGAGAUCUCCGAGAACAUUGAUGUUAACCAGCCGCUGUAUCUGCAAAAGCUGGAGGAGAUUCACACAUUGGAAGAGCCCUAUCUGAAUCUCAACUGUGCUCAUCUGAAGACUUUUGAUCAGGACCUGUACCGCCAGUUGAUCUGCUAUCCGCAGGAGGUUAUCCCCGGUUUCGACAUGGCCAUUAACGAGAUGUUCUUUGAGCGAUAUCCGGCUGCCCUUCUGGAGCACCAGAUUCAGGUGCGCCCCUUCAACGCCGACAAGACGCGUAAUAUGCGCUCCUUGAAUCCCGAAGACAUGGACCAGCUGAUCAGCAUCAGCGGCAUGGUCAUUCGCUCGUCGAACGUUAUUCCCGAGAUGCGCGAGGCCUUCUUCAGCUGCAACAUAUGUUCCUUCAGCACCACCGUCGAGGUGGACCGCGGUCGCAUCAAUCAGCCCACGUUGUGCACCAACUGCAACACGAACCACUGCUUCCGUUUGAUCCAUAACCGAUCGGAGUUCACAGACAAACAACUUGUCAAGCUGCAGGAGUCACCGGAUGACAUGGCCGCCGGUCAGACUCCGCACAACGUGCUGCUGUAUGCCCACAACGAUCUGGUGGACAAGGUUCAGCCAGGAGAUCGUGUCACGGUCACUGGCAUCUACAGGGCCACUCCGCUGAAGACCGGUGGCAUCAGCUCUUCGGUGAAGAGCGUGUACAAGACCCAUGUGGAUGUGGUUCACUUCCGCAAGGUGGAUAACAAGCGACUGUACGAAGAGGAGGAGGGCAAGGAUCACAUUUUCCCGCCAGAGCGCGUUGAGCUGCUGCAGUUGCUGGCCAAAAAGCCGGACAUUUACGACCGCCUGGCCAGGGCCAUUGCGCCAUCUAUUUACGAGAACGACGACAUCAAAAAGGGCAUAUUGCUGCAGCUUUUCGGCGGUACUAAGAAAAAGCAUGCCACACUUGGUCGCCAGAACUUCAGAUCGGAAAUUCACCUCCUGUUGUGCGGUGAUCCGGGUACAUCCAAGUCCCAGAUGCUGCAGUAUGUCUUCAAUCUCGUGCCCCGAUCACAGUACACCUCCGGUCGUGGGUCUUCGGCUGUGGGCUUGACUGCCUAUGUGACCAAGGACCCGGAGACUCGCCAGCUGGUCCUGCAAACAGGUGCACUGGUUUUGGCCGACAAUGGUGUCUGCUGCAUCGACGAGUUUGACAAGAUGAACGACUCCACCCGCAGCGUGCUCCACGAGGUGAUGGAGCAGCAGACGCUGAGUAUUGCCAAGGCUGGUAUCAUCUGUCAGCUGAACGCCAGGACCUCCAUCCUGGCAGCGGCCAAUCCUGCCGAGUCGCAGUGGAACAAGCGCAAGAACAUCAUUGAUAAUGUGCAGCUGCCGCACACGUUGCUCUCCCGUUUCGAUUUGAUCUUCUUGGUCCUGGAUCCCCAGGAUGAGGUCUUCGACAAGCGCCUGGCCAGCCAUUUGGUGUCACUGUACUAUGUGACCCGUCACGAGGAGGAGGAUACGAUGUUUGACAUGAGCGUUCUGCGGGACUACAUCGCCUAUGCCCGCGAGCACCUGUCGCCCACUUUGUCAGAUGAGGCGCAGCAACGUCUGAUUCAGGCCUACGUUGAUAUGCGAAAGGUCGGCGCUGGACGUGGUCAGAUCUCUGCCUACCCACGUCAGCUGGAGAGUCUAAUCCGGCUGUCGGAGGCGCACGCCAAGGUUCGGCUCAGCAACCAGGUGGAAUUGCUGGACGUGGAGGAGGCUUGGCGACUCCAUCGCGAGGCUCUCAAGCAGUCUGCCACGGAUCCCCUCUCGGGCAAGAUCGAUGUGGGCAUCCUUACCACAGGUCUAUCCACUGCUGCUCGGAAGAAGCGCGCUGAUCUGGUGGCGGCCAUUAAGGAGAACCUCAAGAAGAAGGGCAAGGUGCUCACAGUUCCCUACCAGAAACUUUUCAACGAUAUCAAGGAGGGUUCCCAAAUUAUGAUUUCACGAGAGCAAUUCGAGGAUGCCCUGAAGGAGGUUCAAGACGAAGGAGCCAUUGUUGUCAUGGGAAAGAACACCAUUCGCAUUUGUUAAUUUUUUACUAUUUAUCUCAUUCGGAACCCCCAACUCAUUCAUUCCUAUUUUUAAGAGCAUCUUCAAAAAUGUUUUUCAAUAAAAUAUGUCCAGUUA